GUCAUUUCCAUUUUGUUUUUUUCUUGUUUCGACAGCCAUUUUGAAGUCGCUCUGGCCGGUUGUGUAGAUUAAUUGGUACUUGUGUGUCAGUGAACGGUUAUUUACAGAGGAAAACCAUAGACACCACGUAAAGUACGUGGAGUUCCUUAAUUGUUUCGAGCAUGUCUAUAGAGGAUAAAGCAGCCUUAAAGGAGCUGGACGCCUGGAUUGAACAACUCAAUGAGUGCAAACAGUUGACAGAGAACCAAGUGAAGACGCUGUGUGAUAAGGCCAAGGAGAUUCUGGCCAAGGAGUCAAACGUACAGGAGGUGAAAUGCCCCGUGACGGUGUGUGGGGACGUGCACGGCCAGUUCCACGACCUGAUGGAGCUGUUCCGCAUCGGGGGCCGGUCCCCCGACACCAACUACCUCUUCAUGGGGGACUAUGUGGACCGAGGCUACUACUCGGUCGAGACCGUCUCCCUCCUGGUCGCGCUCAAGGUGCGGUACCGGGAGCGGAUCACGAUCCUGCGGGGCAACCACGAAAGCCGGCAGAUCACGCAGGUGUACGGCUUCUACGACGAGUGCCUGCGCAAGUACGGCAAUGCCAACGUGUGGAAAUACUUCACGGACCUGUUUGACUACCUGCCGCUGACGGCACUGGUGGACGGCCAGAUUUUCUGCCUGCACGGCGGACUUUCGCCGUCCAUCGACACCCUGGACCACAUCCGCGCUCUGGACAGGCUCCAGGAGGUGCCUCAUGAGGGCCCGAUGUGCGACCUCCUCUGGUCCGACCCGGACGACCGUGGUGGCUGGGGCAUCUCUCCGAGGGGGGCGGGCUACACCUUUGGCCAGGACAUCUCGGAGACCUUCAACCACAGCAACGGACUAACCCUGGUCGCACGAGCACAUCAGCUCGUCAUGGAGGGCUACAACUGGUGCCAUGACCGGAAUGUCGUGACCAUCUUCAGCGCACCCAACUACUGCUACCGGUGUGGAAACCAGGCAGCCAUUAUGGAAUUGGACGAUUCACUCAAGUACUCGUUCCUACAGUUUGACCCGGCACCGAGAAGAGGAGAGCCUCAUGUGACCCGCCGCACACCAGACUACUUCCUCUAAGCUGUACCUCUGCCCUAGAUCUAACAAGUCUGUCCGCUUGUCCAGUCUCCGCCCUCUCCCGUCUCUUGACCACCUUUUCCAGACUGCAGCCUCCUUCUGUCCCCCCUUCCCCGCACUCCCAGCCACAGUCUCUCCCCAAUAUAUGCACCCCAGGGAGCACUUUGGUUGCGCAACUCUGGCUCCGAAACGAUGCACGACGCUAAGAUGCUCCUGUCAUUUCAAGACUGGCCACCAUUUUUUUCAUUAACCCUCCCCCUUUCUUUUUUUUUUUUUCUUUGUCAUUUCUGCUUUCCACUUAUUUGGUAGCCGACCCGAGUAGUGAAACACCAUGUUGCUUUCGAAGAUGUCGCGAAGUCUCGCAAACGCUUGUCGCGACGUGUCCGAGAACGCCGCGCAACGUCGAGCGGAGCAACUGCAUUUUUUUGGGGCGAUGCGAGUCCUGCCCGGCAACACCAAGACAAAACUGUGCGCUCGAGAGUCUGUCAUUCACCCUGCGUUUACCGCAAGAACUCCCUUUUCAUAUCAUGACGUUUGUUUGUUUGGGUUUUUUUCUUUUUCGAGUGAGGAAGUGCAUUUGGGCGUUUCGGUGUUGCGACCGGGCAGGGCCCAAGCGAAAGAAGUGUCGCGGCGUUUCGAGGGGAAACCACCGCUGGCAAGGUUUUUAAGGGACAAACGGGGAGGUCUAGAAAUUUGUAACAUUAGGAUAGGCCGAAGGACUGGAGACCGUAGCUCGGAAACCUCCGCUAAAGUACCCGGGAGCUGCUCCUUGUUGUGUGUGUUUGUAGCAGUACUCUUAUUUAUUGCGCAUAGUUUCCAAAAGGAUAGAAGGUCUUUGGUCUCGGCACGAGGUUUGUGCCGUGCCUUCGACGUCUUGGAAGAGGGUGCUCGCAUCGACGCGUCUUGGGCAUUUUUUUUUUGCGUCUGCACGUGCAGCCUCUUUUUUUAGCGGGUGAGCGGGAUUCAAAUGGAGGUUACCCUGUGUAGCAAAGGGGAAACUUGGGCAGAAUUUCUCGUGGCUGCGUUUAAAGCUUUUUUUUUUUUUUUUAGCACCUCCUUUGCGAGGCGAGGCACCUGAAAUACGGGAGGGAGAAGGCAAUAAAAUAUUUGUGCAUCCUCGUGCUAUUCUCUUUGUCUCGGGGCAUUUCCGAAAUUUUCUGCGCGAGACUUUCGAAUAAAGGCUCUUUUUUUGGCUUCUUUUAGUAGGUCGGUUCGUUGUGCAAGCACAUCGCACUAGUUUCAUUUCCGAUUGAGGUGCAGGGGUAAAGAAGCAAAUUAGAUUCUUAAACAAUGUGAUCUUAAACUGCCGGAAUAUGGCGACACCCUGAAAAAUUUUGCCAGUGCAGUACGUUCCAUAACUUGGCACAUUUAAAGUGCACCACAGAGAAGUGAUACUCGACCGCACGUCCGUGCAAUGCUCGGAGACAUCGAUGGCCCUAAUCGGGACACUUUGUGAGAAAGUCUGCGAGAAAUCUGGCAGCUGUGAUUGGCCAACGGUGCACUUGACCUCGGCGCCGGCCAAUCGUAGUCGCCAGAUUUCGCAAUGACUUUUCACCAAGUGUCCAGAUUAGGGCCCCAGACGGGCAGGUGUGGGGAUCGAACCCAGGACCUCUUGGUUCCGUAGCGCAAGCUUUCUCUCCAAGUGCUCUGAGCUGCGGUGCACUGUAUUCACUGACAAUGGCAGGGUGCGUCUUUCGAAUGCCCAGCUUUCAGCAUGCACUUCGUGCCUUCAACUGUGCUUUGGCUUCACGAGUGCGCGAUACAUUGAAGCAUUGUCGAAGGUAGAACGCUGGCGCUGGAGACUGGACAACUGAAGCCCUUCCCUGCCGUUAUCACCUUGUGAGUGACUGUAACGCUCGUCUGCCAAUUCCCCUGAGCUGCAGAAAGAAUGCAGUUUGUGUUCUGUUUACUGCAAGAGAGAAAGAGACGCUAACAGCUACAUGACAGUUCUCCAGGUUUUGUUGUAGGGCCUACGAUUUGUUUUUUUCUUUUUCUUUUCAAUCUUGAAGUAAUGGUACCAAGCUUGGAGCACUACAAUAAAAAGGAUUCUGGAUGUACCUCA